GGCAAUUCCAAAAUGGCGUCCUCCAGCCAACACAACUCUCCGGCCUAUGCGUGAAUAAAAGUGCAUCACCAGUGGAAUUUUGAGGUUAGCUCUCCCAUUACCUAAACGUUCGAAGCUCGACAGCAAUAAAAACAAUUGUUGGCAGAAAGUAAAGGCUGUCAUGGAGAGAUAGAGCCAUCACACCCAGGAGAACAGAUCACCCGAUAUCUCUUAUAAAUGAAAAAACAUCAUCAUGUUGCACUCAGUGAUAUUGUCAACAAAGUGCUUGAGAGUUCUCCAGUAUCACCAGCAUCUCCAGAGGAUCUUGCCGUCGGUGUCCCCCAGGAAAUCAGUGCACACUAGCUCAAGUUGGCUCGUGAAUACUGAUGCAGAUAAAAAUGCCAGGGUUUCGCUGUUCUCAGCAGCGAGCAAGCAGAAGAAGGAGAAGGAGACGUACUUGAAUGUCAUCUAUACUUACAAGAAUUCUCCCCCCAGGAAGACAGGUCACGUGCAGUUUGUCUACGCUGCCAUGAGGUACAUGGACGAGUUCGGGGUGAACGAGGACCUGGAGGUGUACAAAGCAGUGGCGGACACCCUGCCCAAGGGGAGAUUUAUCAGCAAGAAUCUCCUGCAGGCUGAGUUCAUGCUAUAUCCACGUGAACAACAGUGUGCAAUCGAUCUCCUGUGUAAGAUGGAGGACAAUGGAGUGAUACCAGAUGAGGAGCUCGAGAGAAUGUACAUUAAUAUAUUUGGGGACCUGGCGGUGCCUCUGAGGAAGCUCAGGAGGAUGACCUACUGGCAGGGAAAGUUCAAGAACCUGAACCCCUGGCCGUGGCCCAAACCCAUGCCCACUGAUCCCCUCGAUCUUGCCAAGAUGGCUAUUCAGAAGAUUGGGACUGCUGAUGUUCAGAGCAGGAUCACUGUUUUUGAUACUGCGAGUGUCAAGGAGUCCAUUGAUAAGACUUGGAUUGUGUCUGCCUCGAGUCCUGAUCAGGAGAGGCUCAUUGCAGAGCAUCCCAAGAAUGUUGCUGCCUAUGUCGAGGGGCCUUUCAAGCUCUGGAUCUCCAAGGGGGCUGUCGAUUAUUUCUUGUUGAGGGCUGAGCCGAGGAAGACGUGGAAACAGGAGGGCUAUGACAUCAAUGAUAUUUCAAAUUUCGAAGUCAAUUUCUGGAAGAAAAAUCGCGAAGCCUUAGCACGUCGGCGCAGUAUCCACGAGCAGGACGAGCAAACGAUCUUCGGUAUCUGUGCAACAGGAACAUCAAGUAAAGACUCUUUGCUCUCGUGGAUCAGGUGCCUCCAGCCUCGCAAUCCAGCGUUGGAGCAAAUUCCAAUUCUCUUCAAAUUCACGCAGAACAUGGACGAAGAGCAGAAGGCGAUUGGGGCUGGGGAGCAGGCAGAUCAGACAGGAGUUCACGGGGAGACCACCGAGAAAAUUGACAGCUAAGCGGAUACGUUGUAUAUUAUUUGUAAAUAAGAAAAUAAAAAAUAGUGAAUUCUCA